AUGGCCGACCAGAAUGAGGUGGAUUUAGACUCUGUCAUCGAGCGAUUGCUAGAAGUACGAGGUAGCAGACCUGGAAAACAAGUCCAACUGCUUGAAUCGGAGAUUCGUUUCUUGUGCACGAAAGCUAGAGAAAUUUUCAUCUCGCAGCCGAUACUGCUCGAGCUCGAAGCCCCAAUCAAGAUUUGUGGCGAUAUUCACGGUCAAUAUUACGACCUCCUCCGAUUGUUUGAGUAUGGCGGUUUCCCUCCCGAAGCAAACUACCUCUUCCUAGGCGACUAUGUAGACAGAGGCAAACAAUCUCUGGAGACGAUCUGCCUGCUGUUGGCAUACAAGAUCAAAUACCCAGAAAACUUUUUUAUCCUUCGAGGAAAUCACGAGUGUGCGUCGAUCAACCGGAUUUACGGAUUCUACGAUGAAUGUAAACGUCGAUACAACAUCAAGCUUUGGAAGACGUUCACUGACUGCUUUAAUUGCCUACCAAUUGCUGCAAUCAUUGACGAGAAGAUCUUCACUAUGCAUGGAGGAUUGAGUCCUGACCUGAACUCCAUGGAGCAAAUACGCCGAGUCAUGCGCCCAACAGAUAUCCCUGACUGUGGCCUCCUCUGCGACUUGCUCUGGUCAGACCCAGACAAGGACAUCACCGGCUGGAGCGAGAACGAUCGCGGCGUUUCCUUCACCUUUGGACCGGAUGUUGUUUCUCGAUUCCUGCAGAAGCACGACAUGGACCUCAUUUGCCGUGCACACCAAGUAGUUGAAGAUGGCUACGAGUUCUUUUCCAAACGACAACUGGUGACGUUGUUCAGCGCCCCCAACUAUUGUGGCGAGUUUGACAAUGCUGGAGCAAUGAUGAGCGUGGAUGAAAGUCUACUCUGCUCGUUCCAGAUCCUCAAACCUGCCGAGAAGAAACAAAAGUAUGUGUAUAGCUCAAAGAGCUCAAGCAGGCCUACUACUCCGCCUCGCAAAUCCAAAACGUAG